UAUCGUAUUGCGAAAGCUGAGAUGUUUGACCUAGUUUCUAGUUUAACAAUAUGAACUAUUAUUAGAUUAUUAGAGUAGACCAGACCAGACUAGCUUUUCAUACCGAAAAGAGUGUAAAUUUAGCCUUCAUACGUCAUGCAAAAUAAAUUUGGUUUACGUUUUUCUUGGUAACAAUUAUAGAAGUAAGAAUGCUAAAAGCCGGUGGCUUCCUGAUGCUUCUAAUAGGGGUGUUAGUUGUUGGUUCCCAAGCUGCAACUACACACAAGCACACCCAUCAAACAUCGGGCGGGGCGAAGGAACGCAUGGAGGAUGGAAGCUAUGCACCGCGGGAUGCACAUCAUAUGGAAGGGGAUGAACAUCAUUCCGAGUUUGACCACGAAGCCAUUUUGGGUAGCGUGAAGGAAGCGGAAGAAUUCGAUACGUUAACACCGGAGGAAUCGAAACGACGAUUGGCACUAUUGGUGCUUAAAAUGGAUCUCAACUCAGAUGGAUACAUAGAUCGGCAUGAGUUGAAGGCGUGGAUUCUGAGAUCAUUCAAAAGUUUGCUGGAAGAAGAGGCUGCCGAUCGGUUUGAGGACAUCGACCAGAAUAAUGACGAAGUGAUUACCUGGGAGGAGUACUAUGCAGAUACGUAUGGCAUGGAAAACGAAGAUGAAGACGCCGAAAAGAUGGAAUUGGAUCCUAACAAGGAGGAGGAACGCAAAUUGAUGGCCGAUGACAGAGAGAUGUUCGAGGCGGCUGAUAGCAAUAAAGAUGGAAAGCUGGAUAUGAACGAGUUUGUGCAGUUUAUGUCUCCGGAGGAAUUCCCGCAAAUGUUUGCCGUUGUUCUGAAGCAGACUUUGCGAAGCAAGGACACCAACCUGGAUGGCAAAAUUGAUUUCCAAGAGUAUGCGGCCGAGCAUUCUAGGGAUCACGACAAAGAGUGGUUGAUAACCGAAAAGGAUCGGUUUGAUAAUGACUUCGAUAAGGACGGAGACGGAUACUUGAAUGGUAACGAGAUUUUGUCUUGGAUUCUUCCUAGCAACGAUGAGGUAGCAGAGGACGAAGUGGCCCAUCUGUUUGCAUCGGCUGAUGAGGAUCAUGACGAUCGCUUGUCUUAUGAGGAAAUCAUCGAUAAGUAUGAUAUCUUCGUGGGAAGCGAAGCGACGGAUUAUGGUGACCAUUUGCAUAAUAUGCAUCAUUUCGAUGACGAAUUGUAAAUUAUCGAACCAUCGCAUUUCUUUUUCAUAUGAAGCCCCUGCAACACUAGUCUAGUCUAUCAACAAGUAUUCAAAAUUUUAGAAUAUUAUUGCCAUGGUUUAGUUCAUAUUCAUUUUAAAAUAAUUUCGGGUUUUUAAAGAAUUUGCGGGGUUUAUCUAAAUACUUGCACAAAACGGCAACGCGUCUUUUUUUAAUGUACCAAAUAAUAAUUUAUUUUUCGUGGGAAUAUGUAGACUAAUAUUUACUAAUCGUGUCCUAAUUUAUGCAUUUAUUAUCGAAUCAUCUCGAAAUAAUUAUUAGUAUUUAGAAGAAAUUGUUCAGAAUCAUAAACAGGUAUAAUAAA